CCUUAUCUAUACCCCUCAUGAUUUUAUACACCUCAACCUCCUUUGCUCCAGUGAAAAUAGUCCCAGCCUUUCCAGUCCAGUUCUAUACCUAAAACUUUCCAUUCCCUUCCGUUGUUAUUUUAAAUAAAAGACCUUACCAUAAGAUAGUCAUUCAAGACUAAUCUGUAGCGCUCAGUAUGUCUUAUUUGCUUAGAGUAUAAAGCAAGCUCCAAGUUUAACCUUUUGACCAAAGUUUUGCACAUUAUAGUCACUAGGUUUAUCUUUUCUGCAAGCCAUUGUUUUGAACUGUGCAUAAAGGCUGUAAAUAUAAAAACGUAACAGUUCCUGAAAAGUCUGGUCUCUAUUAAUGUUGCGCAGUUUUAAGAAUUGUCCCACCCUGAUUAUUAUUCAUGCUUCCUGAUAUAGGGCCAAGCUGUCUAUAAAUGAAGAGGUUGUUAGCAGACGCUGGUUUUAAAUCAGGGCUAUAUUGUAUUAAGUAAUUAGAUCGAUUCUGCAAGAGCCUUAUACUUGAGAAAAGUAUGGAGCGGGGAUGGUACGGUCAGGGAUUGACACUUUAUCUUGGUUCCCUUGCCAUCUUGUCGCUAGUUACAACUCAACCCUGUCCACAGGAAGACAACUUAAAUAGGAACCCAGAUUGCAUUGACAGCAAUUGCAAUACAGAUGUGUCGCCCCUUUACAGAGAUUGCGGUGAGAACAUGGAGUGUUACGUUGCGCAGUUCAUGCUAUUUGUCAGAAAUCACUGCAUAUGUGAAGAUGGAUUUGAAUUCACCCCCUCUGAUCAGAAGACAGACUGUUUUGAUGGUGAUUGCCAUAUGGAUGAGCCGUCCUUUUAUGGAGAUUGUGGUGAGGACGUACAGUGUUACAUUGCACAGUUCAAGCUAUUUUCCAGAAAUCACUGUGUGUGUAAAACAGGAUUUAUGUCCACUGCCGAUGAAACAACCUCUGAUCAGAAGACAGACUGUUUCAACAUUGAUGACUGUGUUGACAAGAAUAGUGAUGAAUUAUGUGGACCGAAUGGAACUUGUCUUAACACAGUAGGAAGUUACAACUGCUCCAGGAACCAAACAUUCGAAACUGCAGGAGUGACUGAUUCCUUUAAUUUAACUAAAGAUCAGCAUCAAGAACUCUCACUUGGUGAACAUUCAAGUCUCAGACAGCGGGAGGUACGUCAUAGUGGCAUCAUACCAAUGCCUGAUAAUGGAAAUAGAUCCGCAUCUGUUCAAGGAAUGAUAUCUCUUCUUGUUAAUAGAGACACUCCUAAACCUGUUCAUAGAAGGAUACCUGCUUCUGUUAAUGGAAUCACACCUGCCUCUGGUAAUAGAAGAAUGCCUACUCCUGUUAAUGGAAUGAUGCCUGCUCCUGUUAAUGGGAUCACACCUGCUCCUGUUCAUGGAGACACACCCAGCUCUGGUAAUAAAAUGACAUUUGUUCCUGUUAAUGGAAUCACAGCUACUCCUGUUAAUAGAAUCACUCCUGCUUCUGUUAAUGGAAUGACGUCGACUCCUGUUGAUGGAGACAUGCCUGCCUCUGAUAACGGAAUCAUACCCGCUCCUGAUCAUGGAAUCACACCCGCUCCUGAUCAUGGGAUCACACCCGCUCCUGUUCAUGGAAUCACACCCGCUCCUGUUCAUGGGAUCACACCCGCUCCUGUUCAUGGAAUCACACCCGCUCCUGAUCAUGGAAUCACGCCUGCUCCUGUUCAUGGAAUCACACCCGCUCCUGUUCAUGGAAUCACACCCGCUCCGGAUCAUGGAAUCACACCCGCUCCUGUUCAUGGGAUCACGCCUGCUCCUGGUCAUGGAAUCACACCCGCUCCUGAUCAUGGAAUCAUACCCGCUCCUGAUCAUGGAAUCACACCCGCUCCUGUUCAUGGAAUCACACCCGCUCCUGAUCAUGGAAUCACACCCGCUACUGAACAUGGAAUCACACCCUCUCCUGUUCAUGGAAUCACACCCACUCCUGAUCAUGGAAUCACACCCGCUCCACUUCAUGGAAUCACAGCCGCUCCUGAUCAUGGAAUCACACCCGCUACUGAACAUGGAAUCACACCCGCUCCUGUUCAUGGAAUCACACCCGCUCCUGAUCAUGGAAUCACACCCGCUCCACUUCAUGGAAUCACAGCCGCUCCUGAUCAUGGAAUCACACCCGCUCCUGAUUAUGGAAUCGCGCCUGCUCCUGAUCAUGGAAUCACACCCGCUCCUGUGUCUGCUCCUGUUCUUGGAAUUGUGUCUACUCCUGUUAGUGGUGAUAUAUCGCUUUCUGUUAAUGGAGACGAAGCUGAUCCUGGCAUUAGAGGCACUCUUGCCCCUGUCCAUGCUCCUGUAGUGUCUCCUAAGCUUCCCACUGACCCUAAUGGCAACAAUGUCUCUGCUGUUGGAGCCGCUGGAAUUGACCCCAGCUUGUCAACAGCAUCAGAGCAGCCAGCCUCGCCUGUGGAAUUAUUUUGUUCUAGGAUGACUAACACCAGCAGGUUGUUUGGUGAACUGUGCCAGAACCCUGCCAAUGGAUCAUUAAUUGAGGAUAUCACUUCUCUCACAACAUUGCUGUUUGCAGAGGAUUCCCUAUUGAAGGCUAAAGCACAGGAGGAGCGGCUAAACUCAGCAUCUCAGGUUCUGCAGGACGUGGAGAGAGCUGCUAUCAUGCUCGCCCUGAACUCAAAGGGUCAAGAACUGAAAGACGUCACCAACAAGGCAAUGGACCUUCAGCUGCGAGUUAUUGACAUGAACAGCAUGGAUGAUAAAGUGAGCCUGGAAGCCAAGGGCAAUACGAUAGACAUUUCCUGGAAACCAGCCACCAGCUCCGAAAUUACCGGCUCUGUUGCGGUUGCUUUCAUCGUAUAUCACAACAUGGGUUCCAUCCUUCGCGGAGCAUCUUACAAAAACAAGGAAACCAGCCAGAAAUAUGAAGAUGUCCAGCUACAGUCCAGAGUCAUUUCAGCAGCUGUGGGAUCCUCAGGCAACUACAAAUUAUCUGUCGCUGUCAGCUUCAGUCUAAAACAUAAAGAGGAUACCUCAGUUGGUCGGAGGAGGCUAUGUGCUUACUGGAUGCACACAACAAAUGGAGGCCACUGGUCCCCAAGUGGCUGUGAAUUGGUGGGCUCCAAUGACACACAUACCACAUGUCAAUGUGAUCACUUGUCCAGUUUUGCCAUUUUGAUGGCCUUUAGUGAGGAGUUACAGGAAUACUCUAUUAAGCCACUGACUGUAAUCACGUUCAUUGGAAUCCUGAUAUCUCUGGCGUGCCUUGCACUGGCUAUUGGCACUUUUGUCUUCUGCUCGCAGGCUCAGAAUGCUGUAACGGCCACUCACACACAACUCUGCAUAAGUCUCUUCCUGGCAGAGCUGCUCUUCAUAAUGGGCAUUGACAAAACCGGAAACCAGAAGCUGUGUGGUAUCGUAGCGGGAUGUCUGCAUUAUUUGUUCCUUACAGCAUUUGCUUGGAUGAGCUUGGAGACAUUGCAGCUUCACCUCAUGGUCAGGAACUUGAAGAACAUGAGGGUAUUCCAUUCCAGUAACAUUGGGAGGUAUAUCUACCCUUUGGGGUAUGGGCCUCCUGCACUGAUCGUGGCAAUUUCUGCAGCCACCUGCCCUAAUGGAUACGGUUCACACAGAAACUGCUGGUUAUUGGUGGAGAAUGGGUUUAUCUGGAGCUUCUUGGGACCAGUCUAUUUGAUCAUUUUGAUGAAUACGUUCCUGUUCACCAUAACUGUCUGCAUAUUGAAUGAAGAACUUUCGAAUCGUGAUGUGAAUGUCUCAAAAAUUAAGGACACCAGGAUGCUGACGUUUAAAGCCAUUGGACAAAUCUUUAUCCUGGGCUGUACUUGGAUUCUCGGCUUGUUUCAUUUUCAGGAGGAAACAAUCGUGAUGGCCUAUUUAUUCACAAUUGUCAACAGUUUUCAAGGCACCUUCAUCUUCAUCAUCCUUUGUGUGUUAAAUCCCAAGAUAAGGGCGGAAUACAGCAAGUGGAUUACCUGCAUCUGCAAGACCAGAAAGAGCUUACUUGAAUUGGAAUCGGUGAAAGUGCCAUUGUCAGUUACAUCGGAAAUAGUGUGACCGGAUAUGUUUGUGAACUUUGCAAAGAGCGAACAGACUCUUUCUGGACAAAUACCUGAUCUGGACUGAAUGUUAAAUGAAGAAUGUGUGGACAUGUUACCUUUGAAAAAUGCCAUUAUAUCUCCGAUAUUCAAUCAAUUGGAAUGGCAACCAUGGAUUAAGCAUUGCCCUACUACAAACAGCUGGUUCUGGGAGAUGUGACAUGUCUUAUAUAGUAAAGUAAAAUACUAAUAAUAACA